GUCUCUCAUGAAAGCUGAUUGGAAGGUGGAUGAAAGCCAUUGGCUCUGAGGAGCUGAUGACGGUGGAAGCGCACCGUGUUCUCCAGGAGCGCCUGCUUCAGCUUCUCACUGCACCGAGCAGCUGCCUGGGACCACAGACCGCACCAUGUGGAGCUGAGCGGCACCUUUUUUAACACGCUUUGCGCUUCCUCUUUACCCAGAUAUCGUUAGCUCUGGAUCAAUUCAGAGCGCGUCCCAGGAGCGCGCAGCGCACAUUUGGAGACAAGGAGGGGACAAAAAAACAAACAAAACAACAGAGUUGAGCGCUGCGCAGGCAGGUCUUCGCUCUUUAAAAAAGCAGCAGGCAGGCUGCUGGAGAGUUAUAUAGGCUGUGGGUGCAGGAGCGAAAACGGACUCCGUUGGAGGAAAAUAAAGACAAGCAGCGGGAUAAAGGGAGAGGAAAAAAUCCCAACUUGGAUAUGGCCGCAGUGAAGAUGUCCAGGCUUCUCGUGGGAGUUGUUUUAUUGUUGCUCUGCGUGUGGAAUAUCCAAGCGGAGGUCGGUGACGCGAUCUCUUACUCCUAUGGGCUGGAGCAGGAUGGAGAGGAGGGUGCAGCAGUGGACGUGAGACUGUACAGUCAGCGGUGGAGGAGGUGGCUCUCCCCAAAACCUCGUAACAUGGACAGCAACAGGGCCAGCCAGGAGCAGGAGCCGGAGCCAGAACCGGAGGAACCCGAAGGUUUCCCUGGCCUGCUGUCUGCGGAGGACACAGACAACAGUUCCCAGAUUGAGGAGGACAUGGAUCACAACUACUACACAUCGAAAACAUACGGACCCUCAGAUCCUAUGAGCAAAGACUUGUGGGUAAAUAUUGACCAGCUGGAGAAAGACAAAGUGAAGAUCCACGGGAUUCUGUCCAACACACACAGACAGGCGGCGAGAGUUAAUCUGUCCUUCGAUUUCCCGUUUUACGGACAUCUCCUGCGUGAAAUCACUGUGGCAACUGGUGGUUUUAUUUAUACUGGAGAUGUCGUCCAUCGGAUGCUCACAGCAACACAGUACAUCGCUCCACUGAUGGCCAACUUUGAUCCAAGUGUCUCCAGAAACUCAACUGUUAUCUAUUUUGAUAAUGGGACCGCUCUGGUGGUGCAGUGGGACCACGUCCACCUGCAGGACAACUACAACUUGGGCAGCUUCACCUUCCAGGCCACGCUGCACAAUACAGGCAGGAUCGUCUUUGCAUACAAAGAGCUCCCCAUCGAGAUAUCACAGAUCAGUUCUGUCAAUCACCCGGUGAAGGUGGGCCUGUCUGACGCCUUCGUGGUGGUCCACAAGAUCCAGCAAAUACCGAACGUCAGACGGAGGACGAUUUAUGAGUACCACCGCGUGGAGCUCACAAAGACCAGGAUCACCAACUCCUCAGCUGUGGAAAUGAUGCCUUUACCCACCUGUCUCCAGUUCAGCAGCUGCGGCGCCUGCAUCUCCUCUCACAUUAACUUCAACUGCAGCUGGUGUCAUCGGCUCAACAGAUGCUCCAGCGGCUUUGACCGCCAUCGCCAGGACUGGGUGGAUAACAGCUGUCCAGAUGAGACCAAAGACAAGAUGUGCGACAUAGACGAUACUACGCAACUGCACCCUUUCACCACCACCAUCACUGGCAGAACAGCAUCGGGAAGUAAAGGAACCACAGCAGGCUGGGGCAUGCCUUCCACCUCUCACACUCCCACCAGUGCCCCCACUGAAGAUGAUACCAAGAUUGCGCUGCAUCUCCGAGACAACCAAGUUAUGCCGGCCGACAGCGCCGUCAACAGAGUGCCUGGCACGCAUCCUCUGCACACCGGCCUGAUCCUCGGCAUCCUGCUGGUGAUGCUGGUCAUGAUUGCCGGCGUGCUGAUCACGGUCUACGUGUACCAUCACCCCACCUCUGCAGCCAGCCUCUUCCUCAUCGAGAGACGCCCGAGCAAGUGGCCGGCCAUGAAAUUUCGCCGGGGUUCGGGUCAUCCGGCGUAUGCGGAGGUGGAGCCGGUGGGCCAUGAGAAGGAGGGCUUCAUCGAGUCUGAGCAGUGCUGAGGGAGGAGGUGAGGCAUCCUCACCCCUACCUGAUCCCUCCCCCUUGACCCAUCCCGCGCGGGACCUCCAGCUUCAGCAGAAGCUUCUCGCCCGGAACCUCCGGGAUUGACCGACCGGUUAAGGAGCUUUGGUAAAACGCUGAAUUUGGCCCUUUUUAGAGCUACAGGAAACCCACCAAACGGCUCCGGUCGGUGAGGAACAGACUUGCAGAGGACACGGGGGAGGGGACAGCACUGAGACGUCAGCAUUCAGCUGGCAGCGGUGAGCAUUUCUGGUUGCUAUCAUGCUGCCAUGGAGGCAUUGGACUGACUGGUUAUUUUUUGUCCAAGGGGAAAAAAAGCAAAGGAAACCUAUACAAUAUAUAUUUUCAGAACCAAUACAGAAUAUGUGAACAGAGAUUUCCACUUGACUGUCGGUGGAGUUAUAAGCCUUUUGUAUAUCCAUCAGGUUUAUACUAGUUUUCAUUUCUAUUCCAGUCUGUUCUUUGUUUCUUUUGCUAUUUUCAGCACGAAUAGGGGUGGCGCAUUUCUCCGGACGCACUGCCGGUAUUGCUUUUCAAUACCACAGCAGACGUAAUUGACUUUUCCACAGCCUGCUCUGCUGUGCCAUGCGACGUGAGCUGAACUGUCACUGAGAUCAAUCAGAGCUCUGAACUCAUUCUUUUUUUUCUUUUUUUUCUCCAAUUCGUUUUAUGAUGAUUGGCUGGGGAAGUUUUAUGCUUUUUUUUCUCGUUUGUUUUUGGGGGGUGUUUUCAUGGGUGAUGGGAACUUCUUUUAUUUUGGGUUUUCAUUACUGCCCUGCCCUUUUGUCCCCGACUAGAAUUUGCACAGUUGUUUUUUUUUUUUUCCCCCUUUUCAUUUUCAUGCACAUUUGUCGUUUUUGCAAAUUUACAAGACAGGCGCUUGUGAGUGUGAAUAUAUUUUCUGAAGUGUAAGUGAUUCGUGUGUCUGAAUACAGAGGAGUAGUUAACGGUACUGAUGGGAUAUCUGCUUGCGUUAUGGGUGUUGAUGUUUGAGCUGGCUCUGUAGAGGGGAUUUCUAUAUUCAGAGGUACAGAGGAGGUGCAGUCGGAUCUUUACAUACACUCAUCAUGAUCAUGAAUGAUCAAGAUUUUAGACUUUUAGUAUCUUUACAUGUUGUACAAACAACUCAAUUUACUUUUAAGAGCAGCAAUUGGUCAUACACGUUUGAAUAUACUGUAGAUACUCUUUAAUUCAUAGUAACAUUUGGUUAAACCUCAACAGGAGGCAAAUUGACCACCUGCCAACAACAACCUUCUGUCAUAAUUCUGAUUGAAUAUUUCAUAAUAUGGCAGAACUGGGAGCACACUCUUCCUUUUGGGCAUACUCCUCAAAUUUCAGCAGGAUUUAUUAAGGCAAUAUUAGAAGCUCUCUGUUGCCCUGCUUUAUUUAUUCCAAAAUCAGCUUUAUGUGUGCUAAGGGUCACUUUCCAGUUCCAUCUUGAGGUAAAGCUGAAGAAGGAAGAACUAGCUCUCCGUCGUUGUUCUAUCCACCUUGUGCAAUGCGUCAGUACCACCAGCAGCACGACAGCAUGAUGGUGCCACCACCAUGCUAGACAGCAAGUGAAAAUUUCUUAGGCUUGAAAGACUUGCCUCGACUCCUUCAAAGAUCCUUCCGGUCAAUGAUGCCGGAUAGUUCAACUUUUGCCUAAUUUGAAUUUGAUGUGGAUUUUUCUCUAACCCACACAGUGAAAAUUAUGCACACCCAAACUAAUUUUUGAUUAAAUCUCCUAUCGCAAGUUGCACCUCAAUCCCAGGCUUUUUGGAGCCAUCGCUAACCGUUUGGUGUAACACUGGCUGCAUAUUUGGCCACAAGUUCCUAAUCCUAAGGGUUCAGGUCAUCUUAAAGUUGACCCGCACUAUUUACUCCAAAAUCACAUUUUAUAUCUGGGAUCAUAUUGAAGUUUAACUUUAACAGUCUAACUAUUGAUUGGUGCUUGGUGACUGGUAGAGUUUUAAUUUUGAUAGCCCAAAGUUCUUGUCAUUAAAGACAACGUGUUAAAUCUUUCAGAGCAGGGUUUUCUAUGAUGAUCAACACCCCCUCUGUCCAUUGGGACUAUGUUACUUAAAGCUGUGGACGGUAAAAUGGCUGUUCCGGUUGUUUCCUGUUUAAUGUAUUAAGCCUGAAUGGUAAUGCACAUCCUGAGCAGUUUUCCUGCAUCUAGGGGUCACUGCUUGGUUCUUUUUCUAAGCCUCACCAAAGUGGUGGCACAUCCAGAUAACUUGCUCUGGAGUAAACUAGUUUGAACUUGGUAAAUCUUGUGUAAAUCUGCCAUUUCUUCUUUAUAGAGCUUCACUAAGUUCUGUGGACUUUCCCACACUUCUGCGUUUUGGUCAGUGAAUCGUGUGACGCCAAACAAAUCCUUUUUAAGUUGGCAAAGAGGAACUACAAGCUAUAGUUGAUCCUGAUCACCAAACAGAAAUGAAUUGGGGCCUUCGGCAUUACAUGUUGAAAAAUGUAGGUCAACAUGUACAUGUUUUAGCCUGCGUGUGUAUAAUCUUGACCAUGUGUGCAGAAAAUCCACAAUGGAGUUUCAAAAUAAGCUCAAAAAUAAUGUCACAUUUUAGAAAUGUGAUGAAUGUAUGUGAACUUCUGGCCACAGCUUUAUCUGAAAACAAAAGACUCUGAUUGAAGUUUUAUCAAAUUCAAAAAACUGCUUCAUUUUCCCGUUACACAGCAGGAAAUAAGCAGCUCUGUCUGAUUUUAACAGUUUAUCCUCUUAAACAUAAAAUGUAUAUAUCAAACCAAAACAUUAGCAGAUUCAGGUAACUCAUGGGACACAUUUAUAUUAUAGCAGUGAUGGUACUGAAAGACAUUUUUUUUUAUUUUCUGAGUGGCCUUUUUUUCUUCAACUUUUUUACUUAAACGUGAACGCUGUCUUGUUUGUGUUGCUGUCACAGAUCAAUACGUAAGCCAGACAUUAAUUUUUGUUGUUUUACACCAAUGAAUGUGGACUCAUUGUCGAGACGCUCAAAAUCAAUAUCCUGGAAUUCUCUCUGCAACACAAAAAGUGCAAUGUUACAUCUGUUCAGGACACAGAAAAUGCAUAAACUUUCUAGUCGUUUUGAUGUUUAUUUCUGUUAACACCAUGUUGCCAACACAUUGAAACCAAAGAGUAAUCAGCAUGACAGUGGAAAACAUUUUCCCUCACAGCCUCCACACCUUACAACUCAGCUGCCGUAAGAACUAUGGUAGAGAACUGUUACGAUAAUCGGAAGCUAUUUUCUGUGUAGCUAAAAAAGUAUUCUUUAAAUACACCUAGAUACACACCAGUUGUGACUAAUAACCAGCUUUUCACUGAGAUUAUUUUGUUCAUAGGAAUUUAAAAACAUUACAAAGACAAGAUUGACAAAUCUACAGACGCCACACUAUAAUGUUUUGGUUAAGCUAAAACUAACAGCUUCCUGAGGGGAAAAAAAAACUGAAUAAAGCAUAAAUCAUACAUUUUUGUAUUCAAUACUAACUCAUGUUUUGAUUUCAAGUCAGGUGACAUUAAUAUAUUUUUGUUUAAAGGACUUUAAAAAACAGUGAAGACAAAAUUAGCUAUAGCUAUGGAAGCUAGCUAACAAAGCUUUUAGUUUAGGCUAAUGCUAGCUGUUCUUUAAGGUUAACACAGGAAAAUAACAUAUGUUAAUAUCAAAUACUAGUUAAAUUAAGAAAAAAAAAUUCUAGGAUUUUAAAGACAUUAUAUAGGCAACAUUGGCUCUAACUAUGGAAGUUAGGAAUCUACUCCUUUGGCUAAUGCUGGUAGUGCUUCAAUGUAUCUGGUAAAGUUCACCAAAAACCCAAUCAGUAUGACCCAAUAAUGUGUAAAAUACUGGUAUUUUCACCUAAAAAAAUAAAUAAUAAUGUUCCUAAAUUAAGAAUGUUGUUUAAUUAAAAAUAAUUUGCUUUUUUUGUUCUUUUGUUUUUUCAAAUUUAUGGCCACAAAAAAACUAUUAAAUAUCUUGAAUGGCGCUUAACCGUGCAGCAGACAAGAUAUUAUUUACCCAAACUGUUAGGUGUAUUUGGAAUUUUAACAAUGGAUAUUUUGCCAAGUUUAUUUUGAGUAACCAAUUUACUUUUCAUCCUUUUUUUUCUCAAAAAAAAUGUUUGUGACAUAAAACAGAAUCUUAAGGCUCCGAAAUGCUUUGAAUAUUCCCUCUUAUACAAAACUGAUAUCUGCUAAUUAUGAAUAUUUAUGGUCUUUUAUCUACAAAAAGUCAUUCAUGCAUUCUAUUUGAAUUUGGAAGUCACAAUUGGCCCUUGAUCUUAGAGCUUUGACCCAUAACAUCUGAUCCUCAUACACUGGUGAUGCCAGAUGUGUCAGAAAGUAUAUGUCCAUAAUCUUUUCUGUUAAACAAGCUACACCAGGACCAUCUGCCGACGUUCCAGGAAGAGUCUCCAUCAAUCCAUUUUAAACUUGUGCUAUUUAGAUGCUUUGAUGCUUCCAACAAAACUACCUGCAGCUGAAGUCAAGUAAUCUGUUCUUUUUUCUGCGACACCAGACUCCAAUGUGUGUUAAAGCAACCAAAUGGCAUCUUUCAAUUGAGAAAACAUGUUUUGGCACUCCCAAUUUGAAUUAACCUUGAGACAAAGUAUCUCUGUACACCUAUCAACGCUAUUUAUUUGUGUUACAUCCACUAACAUAUCAAUAUUCAGUCUGUAAAAACUACCUAACAGACAGACCAUCAUAUUUAAUAGUCCUUUUGGGAAAUUUGCAUUUCUGUAAAGAUGAAGACAAUGUUCCCAGUUUUGUGGCCCUAUUGGGAGCGCCACAACAUUCUUAAAUAUUAACGUUUCCAAACGUUAGUUCAUAAAUCUAAAUUAAUCAAACAAAAUACAUUCAUAUUUUCACCAUCCACUGAUAAAUUUAAGUUUUACUCCAGAACAAAUUACACAAAUAGAAAGAGGAACUAAGAGGGAUGGUUUAGCACUGUUUUGUUUUUUUUAUUCUUUUGUCUUCUUUACACCCAAAGAUACUUAGAAAUCCUGUAUAAACACCAAAACUGGAAACUGCCGACUGUUUAAACUUUAUGCACAUCCUGAUAUUAUAUUGAUCACUGAGUAAACCCAUAACCCAUAAUGCGCGUUUAAUUAUGUGAAGGAGAGAGCUGGAGUUUUAGGUUAAUGAAGCGGCUUCUCCAUGCCUUCAGGUAUGUUUUAACGGCAUUACCGUGGUUCCUCUGGAUAGAUGGCUCCUUACAAGUGCUUGCCUCUCCUUGUUUUGCUCUUCCCCCUGAAACUGCAAGGCAUUUAUAAUAACAGUCAAAAGGCAGUUGGAGGGAGUGAUUGACGCCUCUUGUGUUAACAGACCUUUACAGAGGCUACAACACUUGAUCUAACAGAAACAGGAGCUUGUUUCGCUGGAACUUGGUAAAUGGAUUUUACUUCCAUUGUUGGAAACAUCCGGCUUGACGCGUGAACAAAGUGGAGGUGAGAGAUGGUACUGAUGCUGUGUGUUACUUCCUCCAGUGUUAGACAAAAUGUUGAGGUAUGACAAAUAUCCACAAAAAGAAAUGUUAUUUUUUUCUGUGAUCCUGUUUAUUUACAUUAUAGCAGUUCAUAGUACACAAAAUCACUCAGUAUCAGCUGUCUGUAAUUUCUGUAACUACUGUUGUUUUGAUUACAUUUGAAAUAAACAAAUUGCGAAAAGCA